AUGAAUGCGCAUAGCAUCGAGAUGCUGGAAUCUGGACUAUCGAGGUACAAAAAGAAGAAAAAUAUGUUCCACUUGAGAGGCCUGUACAAUAUCACUGUAAAUUGGAUCAAGGGAAAUAACUCAGCCAUUAAACAUCAACAAGGGCCAAACGCUCCCAAGCUAUUGUUUCUCAUCGUUCAAUUAAACUCCAUUGCUUCAUACGGUAAAUUUGUGGCUGUCAAUUGGACGGAUCUCGUCCAUCUCUCCUUAGAAACGGUGACGCUUGUGAUUGCACAGGGCACUGACAGACUCUGCAACCACUUAGAGGCUCUGAAAUCCCAGGCUAAAAGCACAUAUGGCUUUGCGGUUAAGAUUGGUACGAAAAUCUGCAAUCCAGAACCAUUGACUGUGCUUUGA